AUGGAAACAGCAACAAUUUAUAAAUGCAAAUCUGCAGCACCAUUGCACACAGCAUUGAAUCCAGAGGUUGAUUUGGGAGAAAUGACCAGUUCAGACAGAAAGGAUAAUUUUAUUGGCUUUUAUGUUCUUAGCUACAUACAUCCCUGCUAUACUUUACAAAAUGGCACGUAUAUAUUUAUGAGUAACCCUUCUUAUGUUUGUGCCUUGUUGUAUAUUUUUCUCGGCUUUCUGUCCUUUGUCACAUCAUGUGGAAACCUUCUUGUAAUCACAUCCAUCGUUUAUUUCAAGCAGCUCCACACUCCCACUAACUACCUCAUCCUUUCUCUAGCUGUGGCUGACCUGCUGGUUGGCGUUCUCGUCUUCCCCUCCAGCAUGGCGGUCACCGUAAGCUCUUGUAUGCAUCGCCAGGAGUUUUUCUGCAAAAUUCGUGACAGCUUUGACAUCACUCUGUGUACAGCUUCUAUUCUAAACCUGUGCUGCAUUUCCAUUGACAGAUACUAUGCUGUGUGUCAACCUUUGACGUAUGUAUCAAAUAUCACAGCUAAAGUAACUGCCAUCAUGAUCCUGGUGAGCUGGGGAAUCUCUGUGUUUAUUGGGAUCACCAUUACAGUUGCUGGAUUCAGUCAAGGCUCAUGUGAGGAGAAUUGUUCUAGUGAUGUUGUGGUGGCUAACACUCUGGGACCUGUUUUCUCAUUUUACCUUCCUGCUGUCAUAAUGCUCUGCAUUUACUUCAAAAUUUUCCUUGUAGCACAAAAACAGGUGAACAGCAUCCAGAACGCCAGCAGCUCAAAGUGUGGAGCAGAAGUCAGUAAGAUGGAGCGAAAGGCCACAAAAACUCUGGCUAUUGUUAUGGGAGUGUUUCUUUUAUGUCUCACUCCUUAUUUCAUUUGUGUUGUUUUUCAGCCUCUGUUUGUCACUCCUCCACAGAUCCCUGUCAUUGAAACACUAAACUGGCUCGCUCUAUCAAACUCUCUGCUGAACCCUUUAAUCUAUGCGUUCUUCUACAGCUGGUUCAGGGACAAUUCAUGUGAAGCUACUUGGAUGAGCAGCGAAAUGUUACAAAAGAAGACAUUUUGAAGUCCAGUUGCUAUGACUCAACCUCAAGACUACAUCACAUGGAUGAAGUAAUACUUUCACCAGCAUCGCUCAUUUAGUUGUUGUUUCAAUAAGA